AUGUAUAAGUAUUUCAGCUCUCGUGCCUUGCGGUGGAUGCAGACCAUGACUUUUGCAAUAAAUGAAAUCAACGACCGCAGUGAUCUUCUGCCCAACCUUGAGCUAGGUUUUCACAUCCAUGACAGCUGUGAUGACAUACCUGUGUCCCUGAAAGCAUCUUUAUUGUUGGUGAAUGGGCAGCCAGAGAGAGGCUUCAGCACUGAGAGCAUAACUGUGUCUUCAGUGAUAAUAGGAGAUGCUGGUUCAGGGGUGUCUAUGGCACUGCUAAGAAGUCUGGGUUCUUUUCAUAUCCCCCUGGUGAGCUAUUUUGCAUCCUGCAGCUGUUUGAGUAACCAAAGGGAGUUCCCCACCUUCAUGCGCACCAUGCCCAGUGACACUUUCCAGAUUAAAGCCCUGGCUCGACUUGUUAGCUAUUUUGGCUGGACCUGGGUGGGAGUGAUUGGCGUGGAAUCUGAUUAUGCCCGCUUUGCCAUCCAGCUCUUCCUUCAGGAAUCAGUGCACUAUGGUGUGUGUGCUGCCUACACACAUUUCUACCCUCUUGUGCUCAGUCAGCAUGCUCUAGAUGAUCUACUGGAUGUCAUUCAGAUGGCAUCUUCAAAAGUCAUCAUUAACUUUUCUGGUGAAUCAGAGAUGCAGAGUAUUCUGAGAGAGAUCCAGAGUCGGAAUAUAACCAACCUGCAGUGGAUUGCCAGUGAGGCAUGGGCCACUGCCAAGUCACUCUGGGAAAAGUUUGGAGAUCUUCUGAUGGGAACAUUAGGAUUUGCCAUCCGGAGAGCUGCCACAAUUCCUGGGCUGAAGCAGCAUCUCACCAGUCUCACGCCAUCCUCUAUUCUACCAUGUAAGGGGACAGAAGAUUUAAAUGAUGUUUACUCUCCUUAUUCUGACGUGACACAGCUGAGAGUGUCAUAUAAUGUCUACAAGGCUGUGUAUCUAGUGGCAUACGCCUUGCAAGAUUUGAGUAAUUGCAAAGUAGGAAUGGGGCCUUUCCUUAAUGGCACCUGUGCAGACACCAAGAAUUUUAAACCUUGGCAGCUCAUUCACUAUAUGAAACAUGCUAAUUUCUCAGCAUUGGGGGAGAAAGUCAACUUUGAUCAAAACGGUGACCCCAUUGCUUAUUAUGAUCUCAUGAACUGGCAGAUGGCACCUGAUGGUUCUCUUAAUUUGGUGAAAGUAGGUUUCUAUGAUGCCUCAUUACCUGCUGGACACAGCCUAGUUAUUAAUGACUCCCUGAUCCAGUGGCCUCUAAGGAAGAAGGCAAUCCGGUCUGUAUGCAGUGACAGUUGUCCACCAGGUACUCGCAUUGCCAGGAGAAAGGGGGAACCCACCUGCUGUUAUGAUUGUGUCCCCUGCACUGAGGGAGAAGUUAGUAAUAUGACUGAUUCGUUAGAAUGCUCACGCUGUUCAGCAGACACAUGGUCCAAUAAAGCCAAAAAUCUCUGUAUCCCAAGGUCUACUGAAUAUUUGUCUUACCAUGAAUUUAUGGGUAUUCUGUUGUGUAUUACAUCUGUUCUUGGAGCCUGUAUUUCCCUUUUCAUCAUCAUAAUAUUCAUCUCAUAUAAAGACACACCACUGGUUAGGGCCAACAACAUGGAACUGAGCUUUCUCCUGUUGGUGUUCCUUGCCAUUUGUUUCCUUGUUGGCCUGCUGUUUAUUGGUGAGCCUUCAGACUGGGUUUGCCGUAUUAAGUACCCAGCAUUUGGAAUCAGUUUUGCCCUUUGUAUAUCAUGCCUCCUGGCCAAGACGGCAGUGGUUUUAAUGGCAUUUAGAUCCAGACUGCCAAGAAGUAAUGCUAUGAAGUGGUUUGGAUCUAACCAGCAGAGAGCAAGUGUGCUUUUAGGAACAGCUGUUCAGGUAAUAAUCUGUUUCAUCUGGCUGCUCACUAGUCCGCCUCAUGCCAAAAAUAAUACAGAUUACCACGGUGCUACCAUCAUCAAGGAGUGUGUUACUGGUUCAGAGGUUGGCUUCUGGUGUGUUCUUGGAUACAUUGGUAUUCUGGCCUGUGUGUGCUUCCUUAUGGCUUUUUUAGCUCGAAAGCUACCUGAUAAUUUUAAUGAGGCAAAGUUCAUUACAUUCAGCAUGUUAAUAUUUUUUGCAGUAUGGAUUACAUUUAUCCCAGUCUAUGUGAGCACAGCUGGAAAAUAUACAGUGGCAGUCCAUAUUUUUGCUAUUUUAGCCUCAGCUUUUGCACUUCUUUUUUGCAUUUUUGUUCCAAAGUGCUAUAUUAUAUUGCUGAAACCAGAAAAGAACUGCAAGAAAAAAAUUAUGCAAAGGUGA